GUCGAUUUUCUCGUGAUUCCGUUGGACCUCUAGAACUCAAAGGAAAAAACCCGCCGCCUGCGCUUGUUCCCUUGAUGCGCAUCCCUAUCCAUCCCCUUUGACAAUUUCCGAUUUACUAUUACAGCCAUGAGCCAGGAGUAUUUCCCCGGCGACAGUGCUGGGGAGGGAUCCUCGAGACAGAAUGCGAGACGCUCCCCGCCCGCCGUCCCUCAUCAUGCGCCGGAUUACAUGGUCGUAGGGUCUGGAUCGACGUCGGAGAGUGCAGCAUCCUUGAUAGCCUCGCUGGAUCGAGAUUCUGGUUAUGGCAGCGCUGUGGGAGGUACAGUUGACGAGUCAAACACGGCAUGGCACGCAGGCUUGAUGGAGGACCGGCCGACUCCUACGCAUACACCUAUUCUACCUGGACACUCGAGCCUAGCUGCGCAACAUGAAAGACUAGUCCUUGCAAACCACGUCCAUCAACUUCAAUACAAUGCGAAUCGAACUCAACUCGGCAGAUACAUAACCAGAGCCCUCGACCUUUUAAAAGAGCUUCAGGAGAUGAAUCGCCAAUGGCCUGCACAUUACCCUUCGGUGUCCUCUAACCAAGUCCCGCCGAAUAGACCCAACUUUACCUCGGUUAGAUCCUAUAAUGAGAACAGCGAGCUACUUUCUGAGUCCUCAAGCUCGAGGCCAGAUCCGUUACGACGGGCAGCUACCUCAAUCACCAGUGUCUCGGAUGCGGAGUCGAGCCACGCGGCGGAAAGAAGACCCCAGCAAGAACCUAGAUUGUUUACGCAGCAGAUUGCUCGGGAGUUUUCUAUUCUAAAACUGGACCUUAAGCUAGGCACCUUGUCACAGGCGGAAUUGGUACAUUCACUCGAGAAAAAUUCCAUCGCGUCAUUGUUGGAUGGGAAAGUUAGCCAGAGCAUCAAGCACCUCCUCUCCCUACGUGACAGAAUUGACGACACUUCGAGCAAAGUUCUAGUGACCGGUGAUCUUAACGCCGGAAAGUCUACCUUUUGCAAUGCGCUAUUACGUCGUAAGAUCCUGCCAGAAGACCAGCAACCAUGUACCAGUAUUUUCUGCGAAGUUGUUGACGCAAGAGAAAAUAGCGGUAUUGAGGAAGUCCAUGCGAUUCAUAAAGAUACGCAAUACAAUCGCAAUGACGAAAGCACUUACGAUGUCUACUCGCUCGCAGAUCUCGAGAAUCUUGUCGUUGACAACACCAAAUACAUGCAAUGCAAAGUGUACGUCAAGGACACUCGGAGCAUUGAUGAAUCAUUACUCAAUAAUGGGGUUGUUGACAUCGCCCUUAUCGAUGCCCCUGGAUUGAAUUCAGACUCCGUGAAAACGACAGCAGUCUUUGCGCGACAGGAGGAAAUCGAUGUUGUCGUUUUCGUUGUGUCUGCUGCUAACCACUUCACGCUCUCUGCAAGAGAAUUUAUUACGAAUGCUGCUCAUGAAAAAGCUUACAUAUUCAUUGUUGUCAAUGGAUUUGACAACAUUCGGGAUCGAACACGCUGUCAACGCAUGAUAUUAGGCCAAGUCCAAAAGCUGAGUCCGCGAACUUUCAAGGAGUCUGCUGAACUUGUGCACUUCGUUUCUAGCAAUGCUGUACCGGUUGCAGCUGCUGGCAGUGGAUUUGGCGGCGAUGGUGAUGGCGGUGAUGGCGGUGACGGCGGUGACGAUGACGGCGAUUCGACGGGCAAAGCCCGAGCGGUCGAUACAGACGACGACGAUAAGGGCAAAGGCAAAGAGAAAGAGAAAGAGAAGAUUCAAGACUUUGAGAAUCUGGAGGGUGCACUGCGCCGCUUUGUCCUCGAAAAACGAUCUCGCUCUAAACUUGCACCUGCCAGGACGUACCUCUUGAAUAUUUUUAAUGAUUUAUAUACACUUGCUUCUGUUAACCGCGAUGUGGCGGCAUCGGAACUUGAUCGCAUGUCAAAGGAGCUCGACGAACUGGUGCCCGCUUAUGAGGAAGCUAACAAACGAAGGACUGAGAUCGGAGAACAACUAGAUAAAUCUAUAGACGAUGCCUGUGAUGAUGUCUACAACCACACGCGGUCGACCCUCUCCUCAACAAUAUCCAAGGUUGCGGAAAGCGACUUGGGAGUGGAGUAUCCGGGACUCCUUGCUGUUUUCCAGUACGCCGAAGAUGUCAAAUCAGCUAUGCUGGAACAGAUAUCUGCCUGUGUGAGUCGAUGUGAGGACUAUGCGAGGACCAAAUCUGUCCAAGGCGUCAAUAUGAUCCAUAGCCUUGGCCUGCUACACGUUGGGGAAGACAAAUUCCCUAAUCUUGCCUUCCGCUCUGAAGUGAUGUUCAGGCAGCAGAGACACUCCCUUGCUAGACAAGCAGAUACUGAGAUUGAAUUAUGGGAUUUCGUUGACCUUUCAGGCCUUUGGGAACGCCAAGAAAAGGUUGCUGGAACCGGCAUGGCCAUGACUGUCGUUGGUAUCCUUGGAAGCAGGGCCCUUGGCAGCUUUGGAUGGAUGGACGGCAUAUUUGGUGCGGUUAGAAUUUUAGGGCCAAAUAAUGUCCGAAAGAUGAUAAUUCCCAGCGUUCUUGGAGCCGCCAUCUUGACAGCCGCCUACAUCGUGUCGCAGAUCCCUAGGUCUCUACCUUCCCGCCUAUCUCGCAAAAUUUCCACCACUCUCGCCGAAAUCGACUACGUCCAUUCCAAUGCAGUACGUAUUUCUACUGAAGUUGGCCGCGUACUCCGAAUGCCCGCUACGAGAUUGCAAACUGCCCUCCAGGUUGCUGCCGAAGAUCUCGCUAAACGCAAAGCCGAGGUUGGAAAGGUGAAGCAUGAGAGCGAAGUUGCGAGAAAGUAUUUCGCAAACUUGUUCCGUGAGAGCAAUGACAACAGGAGAGCAGUUGAGGCGAUCGAUCUUGAAGCAACUAUCCCAGGAGCAUAACCAUCUUCUUUUUAACCCACUUCCUGGUGUAAGAUUUACAUAUUUUCCUUUUUUGCCAGCUUCGCCUGUUCCCCAACAUCACGCUAGGCAACUCUCCUCAUAUUUGGUCUUCUUUCUCUGCCUCAGCCUUUUGUGUUGUGUGUAAUAUACUCUGGUCCUUUUUUCCUUGUGGGUUUUGUUUUAUGUCUUUGUUUUGAAACGCAUGCAUACCCCGGCACAUACCCGCCUUUCACUACUGUCCUCUGCAUCAUCUCCCUUUUCAAUUAAGGCAAAAUAAUUCGGUGAAAAGGGCGCAAUGCGGCGGACCUUUCUGUCCAUUAUCUUUACAACACCAAUUUUCUGUAAAGAAUAUAAAAGCUGAAAAGGACGAGUGGAUGGUGGACUUUGAGCCCAUCUUCUGCUUCUUGUUGAUUCGUCUUAAUUGCAUUUUCCAAUUGGAGAUUUAAAAAAAGAAAGAAAGAAAAAAAGAAAAAAAGAAUAAGCCCCGA